AUGUGUUCUUCAAUAUUGCUGCUCUCCGCGUGGCUCGCCGCCCGAGUUGUGGCAGCAGACAUGAUGGCCCCAGCAUACGAUGCUCCGCUUUCUUUUUCUGAAGGGGAGGCUCAGCAAGAGGUUGUUGGAAUGCAGAUUGAAAGGGCAGCACGCAGAGAAGCCAUGAAGGGGCGCACUCCGGGGCUCAUUGCGAUGGUGUCGCUGCUCGCCGCCACGCUCUCAGUUGCAUAUAUAAUUCUUCGCUGCUUCAACAGUGUUGUCAGAUUGAACUUCAGCAAAGACUACGGAAACAUGGAAAGAAGACUUGCAGUCAAGAGGGGGGAUGAAGGAAAGUGCCAAAACGUGAGCGGCUUCUUGAGAGUGGUGCAGCACGUUUUGGUAAUUGAAGACAGAAGCAACUCCUUCAGUGACAGGUUUCAAGCUGAGGCCCAUCUGCGAAGGCAGAUAAGUGCCCACUAG